AGGUGCGCCGCGUCCGGCAUCGCCGCUCGGCGCUCACGGGGGUGUUCGGUGGUUCAUGGCCCACACUGCGCAGGCGUGGGCGGCGCCUUCCGGGGCAUGGCUUCUUCGCGCGCGCGAGGUGAAACCGGCCGCUCGUCCGGCAUCUGAAGCCAGCUGUGGAAAGGCCGAGCGUGCUGAACGGCUGCAGAUGAAUCACCGGCGCCUCCAGGGCAUCAUGCAGGUGUUGGUCAAGAGAGAAGACCUUCCUCCCUUCGGAAGGCGAGCUGCUCGCUGAAGCGGUCGAGUUCGACAGCAAACCGAUCAGAGAGUUGAAGAACGACAUUGCGAAGCAGGUGGACGGAAACCUGCCACUGCACUAUCGCGAGGCGAUCCCGCACGAAGUGUUGGUAGGGGAGGGGCCCCGAGCCGAAGCGGUGUGAAGCAACGAGGGCGAAGGUUUUGAUUGUAUCGAGGCUGCUUUAAUGGAAUUCCAAAUGGCCUAGCAGUACGCAUGAAACCUGGAUCAUCCUAUCCAGGUGCUUGGCAAUCCUGCGAGCAUUGCUGGAGCUAGCUUGGGAACGGCUUGUCCGGCCUGCUGCCGCGCGGCACCGCGGGGGCUACUGUGCACAGGCACGGUGGCUUUUUCAAAAAAUUGCAGACGCCUGCAACGACGUGGGCAUUGGACGGACAAAACAGGAACGGUGCAACGACGUGGGCAUUGGACGGACAAAACAGGAAGGGUGUUGUCACGGAUUAUUCAUGUACUAUGAAAACAGAGAUGCUACAGCGCCGAAUGGACGGCGAUGGAGUGCACAUGGAGGGUCACUGACAGACUUCUUGUGCUGGAGCAAGGCAGGUCGUGAUUUUUACGAAACGGCCGAUCAGUGGCAGCUGCCUUCAUCAAGCACAGGCUUGUUGGGAUCAAAAGCAAGAACACGCCCAAAAAAGAAUGGUUUCUGGAGUUUGGGGUAUGCAGCCAGGGGCGAGGCUGAGUACAACCCGGCCAGAGAUGUAUACAACACAGUGGUAAAUAAUUACAACCUCCCCCUGGACUUGGGUGAUUCCGUACCUGAAUUGGAAGUGGAACUGCCCGCCUGGCCUGAACACAGCACGGAGGGUGGCAUUCAUGAAUCAUCCGGCACAGCAGCACGUUUCUACGGCUCCUGCGCAAUAUCAGGCAGCCGCGAUGCAUGCUUUGCGUCAUCUGGCCGAAGUGGGGCUGUCAGCUCGGUCCCUCGUGGUGGUUCAGCAGUGACAAAUUUUUUUUCAGAUGGAGACUACUCGGCAUAUUCCGAAAACAAAUCAGGUACUCAGAAGGCCGUCUCUCUAACUGUGAACCUUGAAGAUUCGAGUAGCACGAUAUCAUACGCUCGAACCGAGAAAACCGUAUCAGGUGCAUAUGCCUCAUCUAAGGGCCACUCGGCAGCGUUCGCCUAUGAUGGAGAUUCAUUCAAUGGCAAGGUUACACAUAAAUCAGGAUUGACGCUGGCAGCCACCAAGGACAGCAAAUCCCUGACUCCCGCUGUCAGCGUUGGGUGUUCUUUUGGCGGCGUCGUGCUUGCGAAGCCUCUCCGCCUCCGACUGCAUUGACAGCGUCGUCUUUGUGUAAAAAGGUCGUGUGCGGAAUCGCCUGAACGCUUUGAUCCUGGCACCUUGGGGAGCUUAUGUCUAUGUUACAUGUUCAAAGAUUUGAGGGCUGUGUGCUCAACUCCAGGAGCAGAAGAAUGGCUUUGAAAGGCUGGGAUAUCCAGUCACAGUGUCCGAUGGCGCAGCAGGUCGGUUGUGCGUGGAAAGAACCUGUGCUAUUCCAAAUUGAUUUCCUUAGACUGUCCCUUUUGGGCGACAUGGUGGGUUCCGAGUUCUGAAUCUAAGUCUAUUUGAGUCAUGAAGAUGCACUGCAAUGCUUCUGGACUCGAAAGGGCAAAGAGGAAGAACUUUGCCGUGUGGAUCCCAAACGAUCCCAAACGUGCAGUCAAGGGGGCGAAAGCGUCGGUUGGGAAGGUAUGACUUGGAUUACCCCCCCUAGUAUCCCCUAACCUAUUCAUACCGUUUCACGACUCUAAACAAAAACGGGAUCCCUUCUUUCAGCAUCAGCAUGAUGCCUUGACAUCCGUUCGCCAGGCCCCAGAGGGACGAACGAGGACUUGGGCCCCGGUCGGAGUGGCGACGUGUCGGUGGAAGGCAAGCACGCCGGGUCAACGAAGUGAUUCUUGGGUCGAAAGACCUGAAUAUACCUUAAUGUAAGAUAGUUGCUGCAUGCUGUUGCCUUUGUGUUUCUUUGAUUGUACAUAAUUGAAUUUAAGUUGACAUGGAUUUGGAGGAGCUCAAAGCUAGCAAAGCUGGAAGAUUCAUGAUGUGCUUUGGGACUUUGCCCUUGGGCUCUCUCGGUUAUUGGGGGCCAACCAUUCUAUACCGUCGGUGGAAGAUUGCCUUUUUGCCGCAAAACAAAGAAUUUAUUGUAUCCAUACAAGAUCUUCAAGAACAGAAUCAACACACAGAAUCACAUCGAAAGUAAUUAUGGCACUGCAUGUUACUUUAGACAAUCCCCUGCCUCCUUGCCAUCGAUUUUAUAUGUUCGUGACAUCUACUUUGCACAUGGGUAUGCCAAGUUAUAUGCAUUAUGUUGUUUGGUUGCUUUUGCAAAUAACAUCGGUCCUCCGAACAACUGAAUCGAUCUCGAGUGCUCCAGGACAGAUGGGCAAUCCGUACUGGCUGGCC